AUGGCUGAGCUUGUGGGCCUAGUAUCCGGCAUCUUCGCGCUUAUUCAAAUUGCAACCCAGGUGUCCGCAUGGACCCACGAAUAUGUCGGCAAAGUUAACAAGGCUCCAGAAGACAUAGUGAAGCUCAGUCAAGAACUUGAAUCGCUUAACCAGGUUCUUCUUGAUUUGCAUAACAUUGCAAAAGAAGAUCCAGAAUCAGUUGUGCUACGGGGUCUGAGGAGCCAGAUUCGAGAUUGCACUACGGUCUUGGAGAGGUUCCAACAGAGUCUGAAAACUCCUCCUAGCACAACACGGUUCAAGUGGCGAAAGAGGCUGUUUAGAUAUAAUUGGCCUUUGAAGGAGCAGGAUAAUUUAGAAUAUAUAUCACUGAUAGAGAGGCGUAAAUCUGGAUUCAUGAUCACGUUGGAAGUCUAUCAGCUGUCUCGUUCAAAGGCUAUAGAGAGGCGUGUAAAUGAAGUUGAUGGGGGUGUAAAAGAGAUAAUUACUCGUCAGAGUGAAGAGGAGCGUGACAGGAUACUGGAGUGGUUAUAUGCGGGAGCCUUUGAUACGAAGCAUAGAGAAAUUAGUAAUAGAAGACAGAAGAACACUGCCCAGUGGAUCAUAGUAUCUCCUGAGGUUACGAGUUGGAUGAAUAAUCCCUCGGGUUCAAGACUGCUUUGGGGCUAUGGUAUUCCCGGUGUAGGAAAAACCUUCCUGAGUUCUAUGAUGAUAGAUUAUCUUCAGGAAUAUUCAUCGGAAACAGGGUGCGGAUUAGCCUACAUCUACUUUAACUAUAAAGAACACUUGGAACAAAAGCCGGCAGCUAUACUUGCCAGCAUAAUCAAACAACUUUCGUCUCAACUAUUGAACUUGCCCAAAGUAGUUCAAGACCUGUACGGAAGGCUGGCACCACUUAAGCGACGCCCUUCAUUUCGCGACCUUGAGAGUAUUUUGGUUGCCAUUUCCAAGUUAUUUCCCCAAACCUACAUUGUAUGUGACGCCCUCGACGAGUGUCCACAAAGUCAACGAAGGGAGCUCCUACCCUUCUUUCUCCGGAUCGGGCUGCAGAAAAUUAACCUUUUCCUGACAAGUCGGGAUUAUCCGGAAGACAUACAAUGUUUCUUCGAAAAUUCAGCGAAAGUAAGGCUGUCGGCAAGGGACGAUGAUAUUACUAGUUACAUUGAGCAAAAGAUUGAGGAGAAUCCCCGAGCUAAACGCCUUGUAAACGAGGGCAAGUGCAAAGACUUGAUCAUCUCUGGUAUCAAAAGAUGCGCUAAUAAAAUGUUUUUACUUGUACACUUCCAGAUCGAACACCUCUGCCAACAGACUACCGUCAAAGAGAUCAUUAAGGAGCUUGAAACUUUUGAAAGCUCGUCGAGUGAACUCUACCCUAUGGACCCUACUUAUGACAGAGCAAUGGAGAUUGUUCAGCAGCAAGCCCCGAGCUGUAAAAGGCUGGCAUUUAAAAUAUUUUCAUGGCUUUACGGAGGCAUGAGACCACUCAAGGCUCGGGAGCUACAACAUGCAGUAUCUAUAGAACAAGGUUGCACAAUUUUCGAUGAUACAAACAUACCUGAUCGAAAGACACUACUUGAUGUUUGUGCUAGCUUGGUUACAAUCAAUGAGGAGGACGAUACCAUCAGAUUCGUUCAUCGAACCGUAGCCGAGUACCUUUUAAGGACCAACGCCCUCUCCACAGACCUUCGUGUUCAACUCGCCAUUGCCUGCGCAACUUACCUCUCUCUCGACGUGUUCUCCCGGGGUUUUGCAACAUCAUCAAUUUCGUUAAAUUUCAGGCACAUUUCAUAUCCUUUUCUAAAAUAUGCUGCGAGAUGUUUGAGACUUCACCUUGAUAGUUGUGAUCAACUCUCGACUAUUCAGGCAUUACUUACAUUAGUAAGUAAUCCAGGAAAUCUAUCCUCAUAUCUCCAGGCCUUGCGCUGGGGGUAUAAACCCGGGCUAUUAUUUCUGGAGACCCCUCUGCACGUAGCAAUUACCUGGAAUCACUUCCCUUUACUCCAAACUUUGUUGGAUAAUAUCAACUACUAUACGAAUAUCAAUGCUCGAGAUAGUAACUCGAGAACACCACUAUAUUACGCCUUGUAUGGUGAAAGAGAGGAUGCCGUUCGAUUUUUGCUUGAUCGGGGCGCAGACACGUUGACUCAAGAUAAGAAGGGUCGGACAGCCCUUCACGUGGCUGCCAAGAAAGGGCCCAAUUCAAUUGUUAAGAUGUUACUUGACAGUGGCAGUGAUAUAUCAGCCAAAGACGUAUAUGGGUGGACAGCACUUCACAUAGCAGCCAAUAACGGGAACACUUUAAUAGUGGAUAUGUUAUUGAGCAGAGGAGCUAGUGUUGCAUCUAUAAGUAACGAUGGAUUUACAGCUCUACACUGCGAUUGCGUAAAAAGUGGGGGCGAAAUGAUUGUUCAAAUCAACAAUGGUGCUGAAAUAUUGGCUGUAGACAAUGAUGGAAAUACAUUAUUACACUGGGCAAUAAUUGGGGGUGUUUCCCGUGAACGGCUAAGACUAGUGAUGGACUGUGGGGUUGAUAUAAAUGCCAGGGACAAAAACGGAUGGACGGCAUUGCACCGAGCAGUAUACAACUGUAAUUACGCUGUCGUCGUUGAGUUGAUUCAAGGAGGAGUCGAUAUCUCAGUUGCGGACAACGAAGGACUGACAGCCUUCCAUUAUUCAGUAAUGCUUGGGUAUGAUAAAAUCUCCAGUCUCCUGGAAGACUCUGGUGCCAGUCUAGAUAGGGUAUCCAGGUUGUUGGGCCAGGGAUCUGACCAGAAUGAAGAUGUGUAUCUUUUGCGGCUGAGCAGUAUACCACUUCUAUCUAAUUUAUGA